AUGUCUCAGCCGUCCAAACGAAUCGAGAUGCUCUCGGGACAGCUCUCGAAUGAGUCGCCUGUGGCCGCCCUCCUCCGUCAAACCAAUAAUGAUGUGGUCUUCACCCUCGCCAUCCGAACAGCCUUGACCAAGUCUAGGAAAGGGUACCUCAAGGACACCCAGCUCGAAGGGUUGCUAGUGCCUCUGCUCCAGGAGGUCCUGGGCAAGUCUGGCCUCGACCCAAAACUCGUCGAAGAGAUUGUGCCAGGAAACGUCCUGCAUAAAGAUGCUCCCUUUGUCAUGCGGGCCGCAGGCAUAGCCGCCGGCUUCCCGGCCACGACAGCCAUGUCGACGGUUAGCCGCUGGUGUUCCUCCGGACUCCUCGCUGUAGAGGCGGUCGCACAAAAGGUCGCCUCUGGCAGCAUCGAUAUUGGUAUUGCUAUCGGCGCAGAGAGCAUGAGUACUAACCCUGAUACCGGUCCCCCUUCCUUCCCUCCUGGCUUUAUGGCCCAGCCCGUCAUUAAGGACCUGACUGAACCUAUGCCCUGGACCGCCGAGAAUGUAGCCCGCGACUUUGGGAUCACCCGGGAGCGACAAGACGAGUAUGCCGCUGCGUCAGUUAACAAGGCCGAAGCCGCGCAGAAGGCCGGCUUUACUGCCGACGAAAUCGUGCCCAUUUUGACAGCCUGGAAAGAUCCCAAGACUGGCGAACUGCACCAGGUCGUCGUAGAGAGGGACGAUGGAAUCCGUCUAGGAACAACCAAGGAGAGCCUUUCAAAAAUCCGAUCAGCAUUCCCGCAGUGGCCUCCUGCUACGACCACGGGCGGCAACGCCUCGCAGAUCACGGACGGGGCUGCAGCUGUGUUGGUCAUGCGCAGGGAGAUAGCUGAGAGACUGCGGCAGCCCAUCCUUGGCAAGUACGUCCAGUCCACCGUGGUCGGCCUUGAUCCUCGCAUCAUGGGAAUCGGCCCGGCCCACGCGAUCCCUAAGCUCUUGAGCAAGGUGGGGAUAACCAAGGACGAUGUUGAUAUCUUUGAAAUCAACGAAGCCUUCGCAUCCAUGCUGGUGUAUUGCACCGACACCCUCAGUAUCGACCCCAGCCGCCUCAAUCCACGUGGUGGGGCCAUGGGCGGGUGGGAUCGCGAUACCUCUCACAGUUGGCACUACCCCCGACAAGAUCAACACCCGUUAGCGACGACACUGCCAUUCUCGGCAUAUCUCUUCCUCAAGGUGUCCAACCUCCAUAAGCUGCCGCCGGAGAAUAUCAACUUUCUGGAGCUUAAAAAGUGCCUUAGAGUUCCUUCGCGUCCCUACCUCGACGAGUUUCUACAGCAAUAUUUUCGUUAUGUCCACCCCUUCCUCCCGCUAGUAGACGAGACAGCCUUCUGGGAAAUGUAUCACAACGCCGAGGUGGGCCCCCAGUUCCCGCUCAUCGUGCUUCAGGCAAUGCUCUUCGCCGCCUGCAGCUUUGUUUCCCCAGGCACGCUCGAGGAACUCGGAUAUGCCUCGGUUCGGUCCGCUCGACGCGCUUUGUACGAGCAAGCAAAGUGGCUAUACACCUUCGAGACGGAGGAUUCAAAGCUUAGCAUUGCCCAGGCCGCGCUCCUCCUCUCAUACUGGACGCCGUCGUUUGAAGAAGCUGCCGUGAGCAAACCAAACACCGCUUGGCUGCGAAUCGCCAUCGAGAACGCUAGGUCCAUCCAAGCGCAUUCGUGUGGCUCUAGACCCGCCGUGAAGAUGUCUAGAAAAGCAACUGACCAGCUACCGUUAAAGAGACUAUGGGGUUGCUGCAUCGUUCGCGAUUACUUGAGGCACGAGAUCAAUGGAUCGAGAGUGUACGAUCCUCGGACGAAAAGGCAGUUGAUCACGACCUUUUUGAAUUUUGCCGAGAUGUGCAUGUACUUGGUGGACAUCUCCGUACUUCUAUUUCCCUACGACGGAGGCCUACCAGGCCAGACAAAGCAACACGCACGAUUCGAGAGUAUUAUUAGCAUCCUGGCCUGCAAAAUGACACUGGGACGUUGGCAUAGGAACAUCAAGAGAGCUGAGGACGCUCAGAGAGAGUAUGACCUGGUGAUAGAUGGAAAGCACACCAUCCACCCAUCGCAGACUCUCUUCACAAACCUUCUGCAUAUCUACUACUUCUCGGCAAAGAUUGCGCUGGCAAAUCGGCAGAUGCUGAUGAGCUUAGACACAGAAGCCGUUAAACCCCAAGACGUACUGGGAUGUCGUCAAGAGGUGCAAGAAGCCACUACUGCUAUCGGCAACUGCUUGAAGGCUCUCACAGAGCGGCAGCUAGCUCGCUUCCUACCUGUUAGCGUAGUCCUAUGCAUCGCCCUUCCAUACGCAUUACAGACCGUUGGCUAUGAAAAGCAGCAUGAACAGGUUAAUUCCAGUGGGCAAGUUUUCACCCACGCCAUGGAGACAUACGAUCCUCUCUACGAGGGAGUCGAGGGCCUGACGAAGACCAUCCAACUCAUCAUAGGAGAGAAGAGCCUUGUCGAGUUGAUGGGAGCUGAUCCUCAGACGAUUGCCAUCCCUGCUUCGGACCGAGUAGAGUCGAUGGCUUUCCCCCAUGCGUGCUAUAUGAGACUGGUCCUCACGAUGGAUAUCAGGCUCAGUACGGGUCGUCUGCCAGAAGAGCAAGACCUCCCGAGCACACUGAGAGAGCAUUUGGCUAAUAACGCAGGCUGCCCUGGGACAGUCAUUACCACUCCCAGUGCACUUCCGCAUAUGGACGGAGCCAGCGUAUUUGAGGCCGACCUGGAGGCUUUUGAGGGGCCCUGCGAUGUGGUGAAUACAGAAUUCGGACUGCAAACGGACUUGGUCCAGCUGCCUGGUGAUUUGCAUGCAUUCGAAGGAGACAUUGCCAUAGAUGACUUCAUGGCUUUUGGCAAGGCUCUUGCUGUGGGCAAAGAGGAAGAGAUGGACACGAGCCUGUGGGAAUUUACAAAAACCUUCCCGGACUUAAGAGGUCAAGGAUGCCCAAGUCCAGAGCAGUUUUUCUUUAACAACUUGGGAAACUAG